AUGCUGCAACUAGGUUCCGAACAGGUGGGCAUCAACCUCCCCCUUCAAGUCAAAAAUCUGCCACCCCUUUCCAGGUUCAACUACAUCAUCUGGCUGCAAGACCUCCUCGAUUCAACCAGCGAUGACUAUCGAGAAAGCUAUGACCCAAGACGAGAAGUCGUCGGGGUAGACAUUGGCACCGGCGCAUCAGCCAUCUACCCUCUCUUAGGCUGCCGCCAGCGACCCAACUGGAGGUUCAUCGCCACAGAGGCCGACGACAAAUCCUUCGACUACGCCAGACGGAACGUCGCUCGAAAUGGUCUGGAAGACAGGAUCCAAGUCCUCAAGGUCGAAGAUGCUGGUGGGAAGCACGCUCCACUGGUACCGGAAAGCGUGCUGGAGAGGUUUGAAAGAAUCGACUUCCUCAUGACCAACCCCCCCUUCCACUCGUCCCAACACUCCCUCCUCACCUCCGCAUCCGCCAAAUCUCGUCCGCCCAACUCCGUCUGCACCGGCUCCGCCUCCGAAAUGAUCACCCCCGGCGGCGAAGUCGGUUUCGUCACCCGCCUGAUCCACCAAUCCCUCUCUGUACAACAGGAGAACCGCACUGUGCGCACAAAAGUGCAGUGGUGGAGUAGCAUGCUGGGGAAACUCAGCAGUGUGGGAAUCGUGGUGGAGAGGCUGAGGAAGGCGGGCUGCCGGAACUGGGCGGUCAAGGAGUUUGUGCACCCGGGGGGCAAGACGAGGCGCUGGGGCGUUGCUUGGAGCUUGGGCGGGUAUAGGCCGGCGAGUGCGGUUGCGAGGGGGGUUGGCGGGAGGGCGGUCAGAGCUGCUAGCGCUAGCGCUUGUGCUAACAGCGGUGCUGUUGGUGGGAAGAAGAAGAAAGGGGAGGAAGACGGGAGCCAUGAAGAGGAGGUGCUGGAGUGGGGUCUAUUACCAUUCCCUGCUGAGUUUGAAUUCGAGGUCCAACAUGCUGCGGGUGGAGUGCAAGAAGUGGGGAGGAGGGUGGACCCCGAGAUCGGUAAGCUGGAUCUGCGGUGGCAGUGGAAGCCCGCAUUGGGUAUUGGCCUUGGUAUCGCCGAGAAUGGGGAUUGCUGGAGCAGGAAGGCGAGGAGGCGGAAAGAACAAGAGAUGAAGAUGAAGAAGCUCAAGCUCGAGGAAGAAGAUGAGGAGAUGAGGGACCCGAGUGAGGAUGACGGGGACGAAGACGGAGAUGAGGAGAAGGAGCCGGAACUCGUCUUCAAGAUCAGGUUAUCGCGCUCGUCGCGGAGAGGGAGGGAGAACGAGGAGAAGGGCAAGGAGAUGGGUGAGGGAGGAGUGGUGGUGAUGCUGCGUUGGCUCCAGGGACAAGAUCACGUGCUUUUCGAAAGCUUCUGUGGCUGGCUCAAGAGGAAGAUUGAUCUGGAGACGAGGUAG